AUAUAUUUAAAUAAUAAUAAUAAUAUGAAAUAUUAUAUUAAUUCUCCAUUGGAGCAAUUUGAGAUUAGAGAUUUAUUAGGUUUAACAUCACCAAUAAUAGAUUUUAGUUUUAUUAAUAUUACUAAUUUUGGUUUAUAUCUUAUAAUUCUUUUAUUAGUAAUUUUACUAAUGAAUUUAAUAACUAAUAAUUAUAAUAAAUUAGUAGGUUCUAAUUGAUAUUUAAGUCAAGAAAUAAUUUAUGAUACUAUUAUAAAUAUAGUUAAGACACAGAUUGGUGGUAAAGUAUGAGGUUAUUAUUUUCCAUUAGUUUAUACAUUUUUUAUUCUUAUUUUUACUAUAAAUUUAAUUAGUAUAAUUCCUUAUUCAUUUGCUAUAACUUCACAUGUAGUAUUUGUAGUAUCAAUAAGUAUAAUUAUUUGAUUAGGUCUAACUAUUAUUGGUUUUUAUACUCAUGGUUUAAAAUUCUUUGGUUUAUUUUUACCACUAGGUACACCAUUAAUUUUAGUACCAUUAUUAGUAUCAAUUGAAUUAUUAUCAUAUUUUGCUAGACUUAUUUCAUUAGGUUUAAGAUUAUCAGCUAAUAUUAUAGCUGGUCAUUUAUUAAUUGUUAUUUUAGGUGGUUUAUUAUUUAAUUUAAUAGCUAUAAAUAUUUUAACAUUUUUAUUAGGUUUCUUACCAAUGAUUGCUAUUUUAGGUAUUGUAUGUUUAGAAUUUGCUAUUCUUAUUAUUCAAGCUUAUGUAUGAUGUAUUUUAAUAUCAUCAUAUUUAAAAGAUCUAAUUUAUUUACAUUAA